AUGUUUGGCCUGUCGGAUUUUUUUCACGAUCGGAAGAGAAAAAUCAAAGAAGAGCUUGAGAAAUUGCGGAAAAGGAACAUGGAAGCCAAGUACCCUACUUGGAUUAAUCUGAUGGAUGAACUGUCAGAAAUUCAGUUGAGGGAAUUUUAUGCCUUGUUGAGCAAUAAGGCCAGAUACGUCAAGUCGAGGAUCGAAAUGUUGAAACGAAACAACAAUGGAUUCAACAUGAAUACGAUGGAUUUGGGACAUGGAAGAUUGAUCCAAAGAGGCAUAGAGUUAGAGGAGAUAAAUCAGCAGCAGGCAAUUUCCUCCAUGAAACCAGUUGAAAUGCAUGUACCUAUUCAUUAUCCUAGUAUUGAUCAUCGCCAAGAAAUGCAUUCUAUGAUGCUUUUGAUGAACGACAAUGAUUGUGUUCAAUUUGGUGGUGCAUCAAAUAGUAGUAAUAUCCAGUGUGCAUCAUUUCAGAGACAGGUGUUUUAUGAGUCCAUGGCCGCAGCCGGGCAUGGGGUGGUGGACAGUGUGAUGUGCCAUAAUCCGGUAGCAUUAGCACGAUACUAUGCGGUGGCUCCACCAGUCCUGCAGCCAACUUACUUGCAGCAUGCCUUUGCGCCUCCACAACUGAAUUCUUUGAAGGAGAGUGAUGAACAAGAUGAUGUUUAUCAGUAUCAAAUCAAGAACGAAAUGGUAAGGUACUAUGAGUGA